AUGGCGGCUGCGACUACGACUACACCAAAUACCGCUGCGGGGCCUGCGAUGGCCAUGACCUCUUCUCAACUCGAGAAACUAGGCGAAGGAACUUACGCUAGCGUCUACAAGGGCCGCAAUAGAGCAACCGGCCAACUGGUGGCACUCAAGGAAAUCAGCCUCGACAGCGAGGAAGGCACACCGUCCACCGCCAUCCGCGAAAUCUCGCUCAUGAAAGAGCUCAAACACCCUAACAUUGUGCGCCUAUACGAUGUGAUUCACACGGAAAACAAGCUUAACCUUGUUUUCGAGUACAUGGACCGCGACCUCAAAAAACAUAUGGACACCCAUGGUGUCAAGGGAGCACUCGACCCUCGCGCUGUCAAGUCUUUUAUGUACCAGCUGCUUCAGGGCAUCCAUUUUUGCCACGAAAAUCGUGUUCUGCAUCGCGACCUUAAACCCCAAAACCUUCUUAUUAACGCCCGCGGUCAACUCAAGCUAGGCGACUUUGGUCUGGCUCGUGCGUUUGGAAUCCCUGUUAACACAUUCUCUAACGAAGUCGUCACUCUUUGGUAUCGUGCCCCAGAUGUUUUACUCGGGUCCCGCACAUACUCCACCUCCAUCGACAUGUGGUCUGCAGGUUGUAUUCUCGCAGAAAUGUUUACCGGACGCCCGCUUUUUGCCGGCUCAUCCAACGAUGACCAGCUCCAGCGUAUUUUUAAGAUCAUGGGCACUCCGACCCCGCGUACAUGGCCCAACAUUCAGGCCUUACCAAACUAUAAAGCAGACUUCCCAGAGUACCCCCCGCAGGAUAUGCGCGCCAUUGUCCCGCAAAUCGAUCCUGUUGGCCUCGACCUGCUCUUGGCCCUCCUACAACUUGUUCCCGAUAAUAGAGUCUCUGCUUCUCAUGCCCUCCAACACCCCUGGUUUGCCGAGUACAGCGAAUACCCCCAGGGCCACUAA